CUGUAAAGGACAAAUGAUUGAGACAACUAUGAGGGGGUCUUCUAAACCCCAGUCAUCACAUGGGCUAGAGAAAUUGCCAUUUGCAUCAUCUUAUUUGAUUGAUUCCAUUCUGAGCAAAGGUGUGAGGAAAGACACUGGGAUCAGCAGAGAAGUGGAUUCCAUGGGUCCAAUAUCUCUCAAAGAGACUGAGAAUCAAUCCAACAAGUCCGAGCAGAUAUCAAUAGCAGAUCAUACUGCUCCUGAGGAGAACAAACGCACUUUACAGCCACAAGAUACUAGGAAAGAGGUAAAUACUAACAGAGGGACAGCGCUUGGUUCCAACAGAAACCAAACAGAGCAGCUGAAAACACCAAGCUCGGGUGGACACUCAAGGAAGCAACGACGUUAUCGCACCACUUUUACUAACUUCCAGCUGGAACAACUGGAGAGGGCUUUCUGCAAAUCCCAUUAUCCAGACAUUUUUGCCAGAGAGGAACUGGCAACGCAUCUAACUUUAACAGAGGCAAGAGUCCAGGUUUGGUUUCAGAACCGCAGAGCCAAGUGGCGCAAGAACGAGAAGGCUGGAGUGUUGAGUUCCCUCCCUGGGCUACCUUUAACCAACUCCCUGGGCGUUUACCUGGAUGUCCCCUUGCACCAGGCCUCUUUGGUGGAGCCAUCCUGGGGGGGAGCCCGAUACACAGCCUCAGUGUAUGCGCCUGACUCUGUUGGAAACCUGGUUAUUAACACUCUGGCCUGGGCCUCACUGUGUGGACAUCCUUUUAUCCAUCCUAACUUCAGCAGGUUUUUAACCUUGUUAAAUCCAUUGGGUAACACUCCAACCCUGAUGACCAAACCUACCAGAAUAUCCCAGGCCAGCCCAGCCGCCAUGCUGGACAAUGACAGGAGGCUACUUAGCACUGGCCACAACAAGGAGCACUCUGUCCACAUGCAGUAGUCCAACACAUUGCGGGACAUUGUCCUGUCCACCUUGUCCAUGCCUGGUUACAAUUUGUGCAAUGUUUUGUUCACGUAUGCUAGCGUAAUAAGAUUAUGUUUCAAUGUUUGUGUUGUAUAAUUUACUGGACAGCAAAACGUCUUUCCUAAAUAUUUUCGAUAA